UUAAAUAAAUAGGCUAGCAUCAGCACUUUUACAUGGGGUCUAACAACAUGUCCAGAAGAACCGAAAAACGUUUCCUGACUGAAGCUGAUGAGUACCAGUGCCCUCUAUCCGCAGACACACAGAAAGUAGCUGAGGAUGAACUUCGGGAGACUGAGAACUCCAGGUCACAGGCGUUGGCGGCACUGAGGAGCUGGAUGGAGCAGAACCCUAAGUUUAUGGCUAUUAGGAUGGAUGCCAAUUACCUUUUACGGUUUCUCCGAGCGAAGAAGUUCAGCGUUCCCAUGGCGCAGGAGGCUAUCGAGCGCUACAUCUUGCUGCGUCAGUCUUGGGGCAUUGCUUUCAACCAGCUGGACUACAAGCUGCCAGUCAUGAUGGAACUAAUUGACCUGGGAUACAUUUUCGUGAGUCCGUUCAAGGACAAGCUGGGUCGUCGCGUUGUCAUAUACAGGCCCGGUGUGUUCGACCCUUACAAGUACACCAACCAGGAUAUGUGCAGAGUAAUGGGCAUCUGUUACGAGACGCUCUUGGAAGAUGAAGAGAACCAGGUCCGCGGAGUAGUGCACUACGCCGACGGCAGUGGUGUCAGUUUCCCUCAUCUCACCUUGUUCACUCCUAAAGAAGCUGUCAGGAUUGUCAAGAAUGGAGAGCGUACACUCCCGAUGAGACACAAAGAGAUUUACGGAGUCAACGUGCACCCAACUGUUAAGUUCGCACUAGACUUCGGUAUGGGCCUGAUCUCGGAGAAGAUUAAAAAGAGAGUCAAAUUGUACAGUGCUGUGGAAGAUGUCGAAAUUGACAAGAGUCUACUGCCCAAGGAGUACGGCGGCACCAUGCCGAUGAAGGAAAUGAUUGAUCUAUGGAAGGUAGAGCUCGCCAGCAAACGUGACAUUCUUCUUCUGAACGACAAAAUGGCGGUCCGUCUUGAGAUGUACAGUGAAGCGGCGCGAGAGGGCGCUAUUUCCGCGUUGAAGUCUGGCGCGAAUACGUGCGCAGGCGCCGAUGCGGUCGGAGACGCCAUGAGAGGUCUUACAGGAAAUUUCCGAAAACUUGAAGUAGAUUAAUUUGGUUUACUCUAGAAUAUAGACUGAUUGUUUUGUAAUUUUAAGUACCUAUUUUAGCUCGUAGAUGUGAUACAGGAUCCAAUUAUAUUGGAUGCCUUAAGUUUAAGUUUAGGUUAUUUACUAUGGGAACGGAACAAAGCUGUCCAAUGUAAUGAAGACUGGCUUGAAAGUAUAACAGCUCCCAACUUUUAUUGUCUGUAGUUUUGCCUGUAUAAACAAAAGCUUAAGCUAGCAUAUAAAUGUGGGUAAGUAUUAUGUACUUUUUAAGAAAACUUUUCGUUCAAACAAAUCAUGAAAAGGGGAAC